AUGUCAUAUUCGCAGAAUACGCCAGUGCUCAUUCUUCGAGAAGAAACAGAUACUAGGUUUGGAAAGAACCAAAUCAUACGAAAUAUAGAAAUGUGUGAGAAGGUUGCAAAUAUUCUCAAAACGACAUUAGGCCCUAACGGCUUGGACAAGAUGUUUUUCAAUGGGAAAGAUAUACUUAUUACUAACGACGGGGCAACCAUAAUGAAAAGCCUGGACAUAGUUGACCCUGCUGCCCAAAUUCUCCUGAACUCCUCGGAGGCCCAGGACCGGGACAUAGGGGACGGCACCACCAGUGUGGUGCUGCUGUCGUCCGCCAUACUCCGGAAUCUGAAGCCGCUGGUCAAGGAAAACACUUCCAUCUCUUUGAUAACGAAGGAGCUGGGCCGUCUUGGAAAGGCAAUAUCGGAGAUGUCCAGAAACUUGCUGGUGGCGUUUGACAAUGAGUCCCUCCAGAUGCUGGCAGAAACCAGCCUGAACUCAAAGAUACUGUGCAACCACAAGAAGCACUUUGGAAACAUGGUGAUAAAAACGCUGGGCACGCAGGACAAAGACAUUUCGAUCAAAAAAAUAAGCGGAGGGUCGAUUGAAAGCAGCUUCAUCGUUGGGGGAGUGGCCUUUGAAAAGUGCUUCACAUACGCGGGGUACGAGCAGCAGCCAAAGCGCAUUUUGAACCCGAAAAUAGCGGUUCUGAAGGUGGAGCUGGAGUGGAAGAGCGAAGUGGAGAAUAGCGAAAUGAGAAUCUCCGGCGCCGGGGAGUACUCUAAGGUGGUUUCAACCGAGUGGAAGCUUAUCACAGACAGGCUGGACAAAAUCAUACAGUCCGGCGCAAAUGUGGUUCUUAGCACGCUCUCCAUAGGAGACUAUGCAACACAGUAUUUUGCAAAGUACGGAGUGUUCUCUGCAGGAAGAGUGCCGGAGUCUGAGAUCAGCCGAAUAACCCAGGUCUUUGGCGGAAGGUUUGUCAGCACGGUUUCUCUGCUGAGCGACCGCGCGCUUGCACGGUGUGCCCUGUUCGAGGAGAAGGAGAUAGGGCGCAGCAGAUACAACAUAUUCUACAGCAGCGUCGACAACUCAGAGGUCAGCACAGCGUCAACUAUUAUAUUGCGGGGCCCUGGGGCCGAGAUACUCGCCGAGGUCGAAAGAAGCCUGCACGACUCCAUGGCCGUGGCAAGAAGAACCGUCGCCAGCAAAGAGAUCGUGGCAGGCGGUGGCGCGUACGAGAUGGAAAUCAGCCGGGAGCUAAGAAAGCUUGCAACAGAGUACAGUACAGCAGAAAGGUUUGUCGUCAAGGCCGUCUCGGAAGCCUUCGAGGUGAUCCCUUUCCAGCUGGCAAAGAACUUUGGGCACGACGCUAUAAACACGGUCCAGGUCCUUAGAAAGUCGCAUGGCGAGGGCCUGGUCCACUACGGCGUGUGCGAGGGCGGAGUGGAGGACUCCUUGUCUGCAUACGUUAUUGAGCCGCUGGAGGUCAAAACACACAUGAUCAAGGCGGCUCUCAGCGCGGCAGUGGCCAUAUUGUCGAUAGACGCCACUAUUGUAUCGGGAAGCAAACAGCAGUAG